UUAGUCCCAGCGGGGUUCGGCUUCGCAAAAUUAAAUGCUGCUAUCAGGGAUUGGAAUAGACACCCCGAGAGUCUUGGGCGGGAGGGGGUCGAGGAAAAUCGAGGUCCUGACAGCCACGGCGACCAAAUUGGAGUGAGGGAGCACCGUUGAAUCUCAGCUGAGGUCUUGACUGCGUCGCGCGUGUCGGUCACAGAAUUCGAGUCUGGCCGAACUGGAGCUGCUGUCUCGGGGGACAGCGCGGACAAAAUGAGCGGGAAAGAAGGUGGCUUCAGAAAAAGGAAACAUGACAGUUUUCCACAUGGUCAUAGGAGGGAAGAAAAAGACAGCAUUAACUUUUCUUCAUCUGUGAUGACAUCCUUCAGGAUAUUUCAGCUGGAACUUGAUACAAGACAUGAUAAAUAUGAGAGGCUUGUGAAACUUAGUCGUGACAUAACUAUUGAAAGUAAAAGGACCAUAUUCUUACUGCAUAGAAUUACCAAUGCUUCCAAUGUAGAAGAAAUACUGACAGAAUCUGAAGUCAAACUAGAUCUUGUGAGACAGAAGAUAAAACAAGUAGCACAAGAAUUGAUGGGAGAGGAUGUGUAUCAAUACCAUAGAGCUAUUUCUCCAGGUCUUCAAGAAUAUGUGGAAGCUGUUUCAUUUCAGUAUUUUAUCAAAACCCGGUCAUUAAUUAGCUUAGAGGACGUCAAUAGACAACUGAUAUUUACAGAAGAUAAUAAAGAGGAAGAAAAGAAGCUAUCUUCGGAUUCUCCCAGUAAGCAAAAAAACACCUGGAACAUAAAAGUGACACCUGUGGAUUAUCUUCUGGGAGUGGCUGAUCUAACUGGAGAAUUAAUGCGGAUGUGUAUUAAUAGUGUUGGCAAUGGUGAUAUAGAUACACCAUUUGAGCUGAGCCAGUUCCUGUGUCAGAUUUAUGAUGGCUUUUCUUACAUUGGUAACACUGGACCUUAUGAAGUUUCUAAGAAACUCUAUACUUUGAAACAGAGUUUAGCUAAAGUGGAGAAUGCCUGUUAUACAUUGAAAGUCAGGGGUUCUGAGAUACCAAAGCAUAUGUUAGCUGAUGUGUUCUCCAGUAAAACAGAAAUAAUUGACCAAGAGGAUGGGCUUUCCUAACCAUACUUGGAAUCUCACAACCCACAAGGAUCAAGAACUACAGGAUCAGGACAAAGCAAAGCCCUGGAUUUGCUUAUUAGAAAUCUUAGCCAUAAUAUAUGUUUUAAAAUUAGCUGAAGUAGAAUAUGUUGUAUUCUAAAACUGUUACUGCAUAAUGAUUUAACAUGCCUAUCAAACUCAUUGCCAGUGAAAACGGUGUUUUUUUGUACAAAGGCCACCUCUUAUAUUCUGUACUUUAUUAUUGUAGGCAUACUGCAGGUUACCUUAAACCAGAUAUCAGUGAAGGACCAUAGUCCAGAAUAUACAUUCAAUAUUACAACUAUUUUGUUUUGUUGUUGCUUUUAUCUAAGUGGUUAAAGUCUUUGAUGUAUAAAUUUCAGAAUGUUCUGGUGUUAAAAUUAGUAUGUUACGUUUCAAAUGACUGAAAAGAAAGAGAAAGUUGGUUGAGUGGGAAAGAACCUGGGGGAAACUAACAAACUUAGCUUAUAUUAUACUUUGGGUACUUUCAUAUCCCUGUUUGAAUAUCUUAAUGAUGGCUUUCUGUAGAUAAGUUAAUAUUAACACCCUGCAAAUUAAGCCAAGCAAAACCUAAACAUGUGUAAAGAGUUUUAGCAUAAGUAAGAUCAGUGUGCAUACCCAAUUAAUAUAGAUUUCAUGGAAGGAUUUGGAUGAGCAAGCUUGAGAAGAUAAAAUAAGAAAAAUAUUUGAAAUAUGGUUUAAAACUGAAGUUGCCAGUAUUUGCAAAUUAUGUAUCUGUUCUAUGUAUGUUCUUCAGAAGAUUACUGUUCUGUGUAUUUAGUUAAUCUCUUGCUUCAAAUUCAGAAGGUUUCUUGAUUAGCAACUCUGGCUUAGACCUUGACUUCCUUUCUGUGAAUAGAAUAGAAUUAAAUUUAUAGAACAGGCUUUCCUGCUUCCCUUUUCUCUCUGUAAAUCUGUUCCUGAGAACAGGGAACUCUUGGGCAUGAUGUGGAAUAAAUUAUAAGAGGCCUAUUGGUAGAAAUUCCAUGUAUGAAUUCAGAAUCCGAGUCAUUGUGUUCUGGGGGAAGUGUAAAACAUAAAAGUAGCUGAGGACCCAGGCCCUCCACUAUGCAUGAACACAUUGGAAUUUUUACCACAGUUCUUGUUUCUAUAUUGCUGAUAUUUUAGCAUGGCCUAUAGAUUCACAGUAUAGCAUUUUUUCCCCUAGCAUCACCAAAUUUCUCGUGAUAAAAAUUUAGAAAGCAGUGUUUUCCUCCCCUUAUAAGGCUUAAUGAUGUUUCUACAGUUUAUACAAUAAACAAAUGAAUCUUG